CCCAUGACAUCAUUGGGGUCCUUUCAACUGUGGGAGUUUGACCACGAUCAAAACGGUCAUAGAAGUUCGAGCUGUUUUCUAGUUAAGUUAGCAUGUUGGUUUAUUGUAAGUUAGCGGUGGCAGUCCGUUCUUUCAGCUUCAGAUUUUUAUGGAAAGAAGCUGCAAGAACAAUUAUUCCCACUGUCUGCAACAUCCAUACAACACCAUUACAGCAGAAUUCUAACAAAACCUCCAUCGUGCGCUGUGGAAGACAGACUUAUGGCAGAUUGUAUCCAGUUUUAUUGGUUAGACCUGAUGGGUCAACCAUUAACAUAAGAUACCCGGAACCAAAGCGGAUUAUUGUGAAAACAAUAUGUAGAACUGAAGAAAGUCCACAUCAUUACAUACCACCACUAGGGGACUCCUUAAUGUCAAAGACAAGCUACACAGCAGAAGAGAAUGCAUCACCUGCAUGCUACAACCAGCCAGACAUUCAGAUGCCUUUAGAUAUCGCCACACUGUCUGAAGCAGAAAAAAGGGCCAGAUUGCGUAAACAAUAUCCCAAAAGUACUAAAGCCAGAGAAGAGAAGGAUUACUUUGAAGAUGAAUUUAAAGUAGAUGAUUAUAGCCAUUUCUGGAAGAAAAAAUGAAAUCCUGCACUAUGGACUAGACAUCAAGAAAAUUUAGAAUCACUAUAAUCGUAUGUGUAUUCAUUAAAGUGAUAAAUACUGUAAUGUCAUAUGUCUGUCUUUGUGAAGUUAGUCCGAUGUGAAUUUUUUUUCCUGCUAUUCAGGUCUAGUAAAAUGAUUUUUUUUUUUUUUAAUUCUGGUGUACACAUAUACAAAAGCUGAGAUAUGUCUGACAUUUGUAGAAAAGGAGUCUGAUUAAAGCGGAUAUUCUGAACCA